CCUCAAUCCUAUCUCCAGUAUCAUGUCUCAGAGUUCCCCAGAGCUACCGUUGGAAUCGAGAGGUUUUCGCCUGCAGGACUUAACAUCUAUUCCUCCCAAAGAACGACAAGCCCUCGUUCAAAGGGUGUCAAAAAUUGAACGCAAGAGUUUUCCCUCCAGCGAAGCUUUCGACUUUGACACCGAGCUUAAAAAAAAGAACAUUAACCUGAUUCUGGCCCUGAAAGAACUCAAUGGAAAUGAUGAUCUGCAAUUGGUUGGGUAUCUGGUUUAUAUUCGCAUGAAGAGGUUGGCUCUGCUCCACAAAAUUUGCGUCGUCGAGCACGAGAGGAGGAAAGGCAUCGGCAAAAGUCUUAUACAUUCCCUAGUACUCCGCCUUAAGAAAGGGGGCUGUCGAAGUAUUCAUUUAUGGGUUGAUGAAGGCCGCGACCAAGCCCGCGCCUUGUACAAGUCUUUCGAAUUCCAACAGAUGGACCGAUGUGCCGACUAUUAUGGGCCUGGGCGGACUGGUUUGAGGAUGCAGCUAAUAAUCGAAAAUUGAGUGUAAUGUUUCCUAGGUUAGAAGGUG